UUAUAUAUAUAUAUAUAUUCUUUACUAAUUAUCCAUGUAUUAUAUUAGAACUUCUACAAGAAAACGAAAAUUCUCUACAGAAGAAGAAGAAGACGACGCCAAUACUAGUGAAUCACCACCUGACCAUCACAGUCGAGAUUCUUCACUACCACCACCAGCCUUAUCAACAAAACGAAUUUCUCUCACGGCUCCCACAUCACCUAUCUUUGAUCCAUAUUGUACGACAUAUCAUCAAGACCAACAACAACGUCGUAUAUUACCUCAAGAAGAUGAACCUUACUCCUCAUACCAUAUUCGAAGACAUAGUACUCAACAUUUUACAAAACAACACCAUUAUCAACACCAGCAGCAAUUUCACGAUCCACCUGACCAUGCAUAUCAAUGGCGUUCUUUCAGUGAUCAACUAUCUACAAUACCGUUUUCACCACCACCUCAACCAUAUGAUUUUCAAUCAAGGCACAAGUCAAUUUCCCAGGCUUAUUAUCCUCUACCAUUACAUCCGCAAGAUCAACAACAAGAACAACAAACAUCGUAUCAACAUUAUUAUUCUCAACAACAACGACAUCCACAACAAUAUGUUUAUCAUCAUAAUGUUCAUCCACAAUAUUAUCAUUAUCCUAGUCCAAAAACAAUCUCAUCACCACCUUCGACUCAAUUCAAAUUGGAUCAUCGACAUUCAACCACAGAUGAUAAAAUCAUUUUACCACUCUCACCAAGACCUUCAUUUUCUUCUACUUCAGGAAUGAUACAUCAACCAUCCGCAACAUCACAAUAUCAAGAUCGUCAGCGAUCUUCUUCAGGAUGUAUUACAACUGCCUCUACUACUGGAUAUACUCACCAACUUGUUCAUUCUUCGACAUCAUAUACAACACGACAGCAGCAACCAUCAUUAGCUUGUGUGAAAACAACACCAACAAACAACAACAUCCGCUUACCUCCACUUCAUACGAUGGUAUCAAACAAUGGAACUGCCAAGGAAGUGCUUAGUCAUAAAAAAAGUGAUGUAGGAGAAGUGAAUGCUGCUGUUGCCAUGAUGCAAUUAUCUCAACACCAAAGUAUGGAUAAUACUUCUCAUUUAUCAUCUGAACCUGAUGCUUGUCAACAUACGAAUGAUGAUCCUCAUUAUCAUCAUCUCCAGCAUGAACAACAAGAACAGAAUACUCUAUUGGACUCUUCAAGACGUGCAUCCAUCGGGAUUUUGAAUAGGGAUUCUUUUUGAUAAUCAUGUAUUCCUUCUAUCUUUCUUAUUAUGCUUAUGACAUUUUUUUAUAUAUCUAUUUAGUUUUAUUCCUUCCUUUUUAUUUUAUGAUGAUUAUUCUAUUGGAUCUCUC